ACGCACACAAGCACACACAAACACACACACUCACCGAGCUCUUCUCCGACAGAGGAGAGAGAGAGAGAGAGAGAGCGCUGAGGGAUAAACGGAGGGAGAGACUAUAGGAACGCAGCGGCUUGUGUGUGUGUGUGUAUGUGUGUGUGCGCGCGCGUGUGAAGGUACGCUCGCUCGGUGGCAGAAACGACUGGCGGGGCGGAUAUGGAGGGGCUCGGGAAAAACGCUGGGAACUGACCGAGCACCGAGACGAUAAGGGGGGAGAGAGAAGAGAGAGAGGAAGGACGGACGGACGGACGCACAGAACGGAAGGAGGGAAGGAAGGAAGGAAAGGAGGAGAGGAGGAGAGAGAGAAGUCUGACAGAGGAGAGGAAGAGUGUGAAGAAGGGGCUCGUCUGGAACGCAGAAGGAUCCAAAGGAGUGAGCCCGGGGCUGGAUGGGACCCACCAUGCCCCCCAGUAAGAAGGCCCAGAGCCCCAGCAGUGGAGCCAGUGCCUCACAGGGCAUGAGCCCGCCGUAUCGGCAGGGGGACGCCGCCACAGCGGCGUCGGAGGCCGAGGCGGCCGACCUCUCGCUGUCCGUGUCCGCCUCCUUCUCCAAGGCCGAGGACGAGGAGCUCACCAGCCUCUCCUGGCUCCACGAGAGCACCGACCUGCUCAACAGCUUCAGCCACUCGGGGCUGCGCAGCGUCUCGCCCCUGCAGGACCCCGACGGUCAGCACCCGCGCUCUCCCUCCUCGUCUCCCUCCCCGGACGACCCCCUGCUCAGCGACGCGCACUCGGCGUACGACUUGGCGGCAGGGGGCAACAGGAAACCGCCCUACUCCUUCAGCUGUCUGAUCUUCAUGGCCAUCGAGGACGCGCCAAACAAGCGGCUGCCGGUGAAGGAUAUCUACGGCUGGAUCCUGGAGCACUUCCCUUACUUUGCGAGCGCCCCCACCGGCUGGAAGAACUCCGUGCGCCACAAUCUGUCGCUCAACAAGUGCUUCAAGAAGGUGGAUAAAGACCGCAGCCAGAGCAUAGGCAAAGGCUCUCUGUGGUCCAUAGAUCCGGAGUAUAGGCACAACCUGAUCCAGGCGCUGAAGAAGACGCCGUACCAUCCCUACUCGCCCGGCCUGGCCGCGCCCUCCACCUCCCCACCCACCCUGCCUCAGACAUUUCACCAGAGUCCUCCAUUGUGGUCGGGGAGUCCCCUCUUCAGAAAGAACGGAGGAGUUCUCCUACAAGUUCCUCGUGGUGUGAUCCAAAAUGGCGCCCGUAUCCGGAGCCAGGCCCUCUUCCCUGUGAUCAGACCCCUACCUGUUAGCCCAGUGGGGAGUAGGACCUCGGCCAUACGCUCAUCCCUGGGAGAUUAUCUAAGCCGGGAACAGGACAGCCCGUCCCGCUACUCUCCUCCGCUCUGCAGCGAGGACCUCCAGGACGACCACACCUACAGCACGGCCAAAUCCCCCAGCAGGCUGUGCUCCUCCGAAGUCGGCACCCCUUCCUCCCCUCUGGACGACGACGACGACAUCAUCGCCGUGGAGAUCCAGUCGGACGUUAAACCCGAGCCCCGGGAGAUCCCGCUGGAUUCUCACCUCGCCGCGGCCCCCGCUACCUACGUUUCCCAGCAGCCCCCGCGCGGACAGAGACGCAGUACGGGGCCGGGCGCGGGGACUCUGGCGGGAAGCAGUUUGCCCUGGACCAAAAACCGAGCGCGCGGCCUCAGCGACACGCUGCCGCUGAAGAAGCGGCGCGCGGCGGCGGUGGAGAAGCCGCCGGAGAGCGACGACGAGGAGAUGAAGGAGGCGGCGGGGUCGCUGCUCCACCUGGCGGGGGUCAGAGCCUGCCUCAACAACAUCACAAACCGCACCGCCAAGGGCCAGAAGGAGCAGAAAGAGGCCCUGAGAAACUAAGACACACACACACACACAUAGAACACGCACAUAGUCACGCAAAAACACACACACACACACAGACGGUAUACAGCUCACAGCACACACACGUUAACACACAGACACAUAUACAAUACACAAAUAGGUCAACAGGUAACGUUACUACAGCAUUAGUCUCAAUGGACACUUCUCAUCUCCCUCUAUCUAUCUGCAGGGCAUUAGGUGAAUCCUACUUAUUUGUGGCAAUAUCAAAAAUCUAUGUUUUCCUACAUGUUCAGCAACACUAACAUCAAUGGGUAUUUCUCAUGUGUCUUUGUUGUUUCUGUUGUUUAAAAAAGGGGAUGAAAGCCAUAAAAGGAAAGCACGUUUUUGUCACUAAUUUGGACAAGUUGAGCACGACAAGACCCCAAAAUCACAUUGAGGAGCGCACAGUGCAUAAACACAGACGAUGGCUGUUUGUCGUACCUGUUUGUUUUCUAUGUGAAUCUGUAGCAAUCUCGCAGCGACGCCAGCAAAAAAAAAAAAAAACGGGCGGCAGGGCCUAACGCGACGAGACGCGGCGCUCUCUCGGGCCCGCGCGCUGGCAUCCCUCUCUCCUCCAUCCACGAGCACAAAUGUGAGACUGUGCCAAAGAUAAAGCGACCAGGUUGCUUCAUGUAGCCGACACGACAGCUGACAAAAAAAAAAAUAUAUAUAUAAAAAAAAUAAAAUAAACCAAGAAGGCGUAGUAGUAAAGAAGAGCUAAGGGAGAAUGACCUAAAGCGUCGAAAUAAUUGUAAAACCCAAUGUGAUAUAUAUUCAUGCACUUAAGAUUAUUUAACACCACUUAUAAUAGAAGCAUCAUGGGUAAGGACAUGGUUUAUUUCAAGAGCACUCAUAGUAUUUAAGAAUAGAUAUUUUAAAAUUUAAAAAAAACAACAAAAAAAAAAUGGUCAUGUUUAUCACCAUAAAGAUGGAUAGUGUGCCGGGUCUGAGGCAAUAUCUCCUUCAUUUUGUUGUUGUUGUUGCAUAAUGUAAACUCCCCCAGUACUUCUGUCCAUAGACGUACAGUAGACACCUGGUAUAGAUAUCAUAGCUGCCAGUAGCUACCACACCUUCCUCUUCAUUUUGACGACGUCAAAGAACUAUAUACAUGAACUGUGGGUUUUAACGAUUUCUGUUUGUGUCUGUUUGAACCCUCACUCUACCCUCAUAAAGAUAUAAGCAAUUUGUCCCGCGCGGACAACUCUGUAAAAAGGUUAGAAAAUAUUUUAUUUUUUUCCUUUCUUAAUUGAAGCAAUUUGACCUGCAGGACUUUCUCAGUUAUAUUGCAUGGGUGCUUGUAAAUAAGAUAAAAAGCAAAUCUUUUUUAUUCAAAGAUCAUGUAAGAUAAACGAUGUAUUUAGCAUGAAGCAUGACUUAUUUUCAUAUAAACAUUGAUCCUAGAGGAAAGAAAAAAAGUUUUGCCGCCAAUUCUUAUACCCGUGGUUAUAUUGGAUUCUUUUUCUUUUUUUUUUUAUUUUUGAAUCUUUUGGGUUCUUUUUUUUUUUUUUUGAGCGGGCUUUCAAAGACACGUCUUCAGGGAGGAGCGUGGGAGAUCACUCUACCACGAGAGGCCCGAGGGUGCCACCUCUGGGCUUCGGGUUCAGGCUACAUGUAGGCCAGCUGAAUCACCUCUUAGGGGUGGGCUUCCGUCUUCUUCUGCCUGUACAGUGAUUUUUAGGUGUUCAGUGUUUAACCCCAGUGUUAUUUCAGAACACAUGUGUAGAGUGUGUGUGUGUGUGUGUGUGUGUGUGUGUGUGUGUGUGUGUGUGUGUGAGUUUGUGUGUCCAGGAACACACACCCUUUAACAUUGUGCCUGCCUGCCUGCCCUCAGUACCUCUGUUGUCAUGUCUAUGACAUGUUUAGACAGAACGUUUUCUUGUCUUUAUUUAUAACAGUAUUGUUUCUUCUUUAUUUUUUAUUUUUUUCUUUCUCCUGUGUGUAAAUGUACACGUGUCCUUAUUUUCCAUCGACAUUGUUCAGUGUAAAUUUAUGGAUUAGACGGGCUGUCCGGAAAGAACCUCAUAUCUCCUAAUAGGCUACUUAAGAGUUGGAUUGAAAAGAAAGAGGAAUGUAGGAGAUGGCAUAAAUGACAAAAAAAAAAAAACAACGUUUUUUUAUUAUUAUUUACAUACAGUAUUGUUAACCCUUUGAUUAAAGGAAUUACUUCCCGUCGUGGAUGUCAAGCUUGCAUACAUAUGUAUCUCAAGUGCCCAAUCUGGAGAUCAGACGGGUAUUAUUUUCUUUUCUUUUAAAUAGAUUUUGCCACUCUACACAGUUGUAGGUGUAUGUCAUGAAAACACUGACUUGAUUGAAAUCCACGAGGGCAGUAGCGAGCUUUGACAUUUUUGCAUCAGAAGUGAUAUGAAUUCUGCACUGCCAUUACUCGGCAUGCUUUUGGUGAAACAGGAAUGCAUAAAAGUAUUAAUCCCCCGCCCCCCAACACCCCCCUCCACUUGCAGAGAUGCAGUCCAUAUAAAAAAAGCAGCUUUGUAGGAACAAACAUAGGCUGGGUUUGGUUGUAGCAGCAGUCAGACAAGAUUUUUAUUUUUUUUUUUUUUUUUUUUAAGCUCAAUAGACGUUGAGUGAUUGUCAAGCGAGCCAAGCAGGCAAAGAAAUGCAUGUCCCAUCCGCUGGUACAGUCUUUUGCCACCUGUAGCAUGCAUUUUGUAUGGUAUCCAUGCCGACAUAUAUUAAAAAAAAGGCUAAAAGGAGACACCGUCAGUGUUCUUGUUGUGUGCCAUCCGUGUCUCGUCUGAUAUCUGUCUGAGUGCUCCCGCGGCCCGGGUCAAGCACUCCGCUGUAUUCGCAGCAACAACCCACUGUUGUGGUGACUAAUAACGUGUUCAGCUGGCAAGAGGCAUGUGGAGGGGAGAAUGUGUUGCUUUAGCAACCACCUUUUUAUUUUAUUUUUUUAUUUUUUUUCUCUGACUCACCCAAUGACAUGCAGGGAAGAUGAACUCCUGACCUACGAGUCCUGGAAAAAUCAGAGCAACACAUAUAAUAUAUACCUUGGACAUUUUAAAGCAAAGAAGGAAACUUCACUGCCUGAAAAAGCCCCCUAAAACAAGUGUUUGUUUCAAACCUGCCAAACAUAUACAAUGAAACGCUCAAAAAAAUUUAAAUUUAAAAAAAAAAAUUUUUUAAAAUACAGUUGCCAUUUUUUUAUGUUGAUGUUUUUAUGCUCAUUUUCUGUUUUUGGUUUCUCUCUGACAAAAUGAUCUACAAUACUGCCAUUAUUUUUUUUUUUUUUUAAAUUUGGUGACUGUCUGAGCUGAAUUUUUUGGAAAGCCAUAGGUUAUAGAGAUGUCAAAAUGCAAAACUGUUAUUGAUCUGUGAGAUGUGACGCAGAGUGCACCCCGGGUGUCGGUUUCUUUUUACAGUAAAUGUUCAAUUCUCUCCUUAUUGUGCAAUCAUAUUGCCAAAGAAUGAUUUCAAGACCUAUUUCAUCACUACAUGUAAAUAUCAACGUUGUCCAAUACCGUGGCAAAAAAUAUAUAAAUGUUGUUUUAUUUUGUUUUCCAUUUUCUGAAAAACUGCAAUGAUGUUUAUGUGAUGUAUUGUCUUCCAGUUGGUUGCAAUAAUAAAAAAUACAAGUUGCA